CGAGCCGGAGCAGCAGCAGAAAGUGUGAAGCUUCGCCUCUUCUGUGACGCUCAUCUCCAGCAACUCACGAAACAAGCGCUGAGCAACAUCCCGGACCUGGCGGACUUUGUCGCCUGCCACUACUCUGCACUGCCGCGCGGGAUGCGGUGACAGUGAAGAAGCUGCUCUGCCGUCUCCGGCGUGUAUGUUUCCUGCACACGCACAGCAGCAGCAGCAAGCAGCAAUGUACAUCCCAACCGGGCCCGAGGACCUGGCGACCGCGACGAGCUUCCUAGGCGGAUCCGGCGAUUUGAAGAAUGGUGGAUGGUCCAGUUUGAUCGGAGUUGUUACUGCCAUCUGCGGGAAUGUGCUGAUCUCUUUUGCGUUGAAUACGCAGCGAUAUGCACAUCUCCGGUUGAGUAGAGAGCGGGAUGCGAGGCUACAGGAGAAGCGGAAAAGUGCGAGGAGGAAUAAGAAGAGCGCGGAUUAUGGGACGCAGCAGAGGGAAGUUGCUGAGGAGAGGGUGGAGGGGAAUAGGAAGGCGGAGAUGAAUGGGCAUGCGCAACAAGAAGGAGAGGGGACGGACGAGACGCGGCCGCUGAUUCCGAAGUUGGACUCGAGGCGCGCUUCGGCGUCAUCUGCUGAGGACCACAGUCAGGAUGGAGAAGAUGAUGUUGAGGAAAAGUCAUAUCUCAAGAGUCCGAUAUGGUGGCUGGGAAUUGCUAUGAUGGUCGUUGGCGAGACGGGUAAUUUCCUGGCAUACGGCUUCGCUCCAGCGUCGAUUGUAUCUCCGCUCGGAGUGGUUGCACUCGUCUCGAAUUGUCUGAUUGCGCCUCUGCUUCUAAAGGAGAAAUUCCGCAUCCGCGACGGCCUGGGAGUCCUUAUUGCCAUUGGAGGAGCCGUUACCGUGGUCCUCUCCGCCAGCGACAACAAUCCCAAGCUCACCCCCGAGGCCAUCUGGGAACUUGUCACGACAUGGGAAUUCGAGACCUACCUGGGAAUCACCUUGUUCUUGAUCGCUGCUUUGACAGUCUUGAGCAACAAGUACGGCCAAAGGACUAUCGUGAUUGACAUUGGUCUGGUCGGACUGUACGGCGGCUACACGGCACUGUCGACGAAAGGCGUGGCAUCGCUGCUCACAUACAGCUUAUACAAGGUGGUGACUUUUCCCAUCACCUAUCUCCUGCUGGCAGUCCUAAUAUUCACAGCCGUCAUGCAGAUCAAGUACGUUAACCGAGCCCUGCAGAGGUUCAACUCGACCAUGGUCAUUCCGACCCAGUUUGUGGCCUUCACCAUAUCUGUCAUCGUUGGAAGCGCUGUCCUCUACCGCGACUUCGAGCGCGAAAGUCCCGAGGAUGCAGGCAAGUUUGUUGGAGGCUGUGCAUUGACGUUCUUUGGCGUGUGGUGCAUCACCUCUGGGAGGAAGACUGAGGAGAGCGAGAGCUAUGCGGAUGAGGACGAGGAAUGCAUUAGCCUUGUGGACGAAGAAGGAGCAAUGCCAGAAAUUCGCGAGCACGAUGGGCCCAGUCGAAACUUGUCGCUCGUAGCGAAUUCGGUUCAUGCUUUUUCCCUCCGGCGAACACAAACGCUCGAGAGCGGGUCGUUGCCCAAGAUGCAUGUACGAGCGCCGACAAUGGGCUCAACGCCGCCUAACGCUCCAGGACUACUCCAAUUCCCAGACCUACAACCAGGCACUGCAAGCGCAGUCCACACAGACACCGCCGAGCUGAACGGCAAAGCCAACGCGGAUCCUCUAAAACCAGUCAUGCACGCCACGACCUCAGCACCCGUCAUCCCUCAAACACCCAACGCAACACUACGCCCACGGACACCUCUCACAAGAACCCCAUCCGGCCCACCCGAACGUCCAAGCCCUCAAAAAACACCCCUCACCCGCAACCAAACCCUCGAACCAGCUCCACCCCAACGUCUCCUCGAACGCACUUCUUCCCUCCGUCUCGGCCCCCUCACAAGCCCCCUGAGCGGCUCCCUCGCCGCCAUCGUCGCCGAUGAACUUCGUCGAGGUAUCGACAAAAACCCCUUUGGCGGCGGUAGCAUAAAACGGCGACCAUCGAAUAAACCUCCUCAGACAAUACGAACUAUAACAGAUCAACUUGAUGAACCUUCUGUUGUUGUACCGAGUAAUCUGAAACGCCAUUCCAUCGCGAGUACAGAUUUGGAAUUUGAGAGUCAGCAAGCUAGUGAUUUGCGAACUGCGGCGGGGAGUCCACCGCAAAGGGGGAGGUUUAGGAGUUUGAGUGCGACGAUUGGGGAGAUGUUUGGGGGGCCGGUUGGUGGCGGGGGUAAUACGACUUCGUCGUUGAGGAGACAGAGGACGUUGGAGAGGGAGAGGCAGAAGAGUAAUGGAGCUGAUGGGGCGGGGGAAGAGGGGUCGUCGAGUGAGCAGCAAUGACGAUGAGCUGAAUUGACAGGGUUUCAUGUACAUAUUCAUGAUGAUUGACGACAAUGAUUGGACGGAUUUGAGAGUUGUAGAUGUGGAUCGGUCAUGUUGGCAGAGCAGGUCUCAAGAUGACGACUGUUGAUGAGCAUGAAAGGAGGGUUGUGAGAUCUGAGAUUUGUUCUUCUUGUCGAUAGUUUUAUUGCAUUGCACGGCGCUUGUCAGAAAGGGAAAGAAGUCGCGAAAUUGACUACAGAACAGAAAGCAGUCUGUACGAGGAAGGAGAAAGGCCCAGUGAGGUAGCUGGUGAGGGAAAUUUUGUUAGAGCACAAAUGAAACAAUGUGAGGACACCCUCGCCGCGCCUUACCAUGCUGCAGCAUAUGUCGCUGUGUUUCUCGGUUCUGACC